AUGCCACCGCCACGAUUACCCCUCCUCCUAACAUGCCUCUUCCACCCUCCCCCUCCUACCGUCUCCUCCUCCCAAACCGCCACUCGUUCGUUCUUCUGCCUAUCAGCAGCCAAAUCGUUUAAACCCCCAAUUACCGCCAUCCGACAAUUCACCACCACUCCUUCCCGGAAUGAAGCGAAUACUCAAUCGGAGUUACCGUCGGAGAAGGAAUCGAAACGGUUAACCAUCGUUAAGAAUCUGACGAGUCGAUUGGAUCAUCUUCAGGCUGCGAUAUUUACGGCUGGUCAGAAGAUCAAUGAUUUGACCGGUUAUUCUGGAAUUGAAACGUUGAAGAAGGAUAUUGAGUUACAGGAACACAGACUAUCGACCGCAAAAUUCCUAGUUGUCGAAGCUAAAGCCGCCUACAAAGCCGCCAUUGCCCGUCGUUCCGCCUCUCAAAAGGAAGUAAACGAACUCCUCACCCGUAAAAACACCUGGUCACCCACAGACCUUGAACGAUUCACCGAACUGUACCGUUCCGACCAUGCAAACGAACAAGCCGAAAUCCAAGCCCAAAACAAACUCACCGAAGUCGAAAAGGAAGUUGAAAAUGCUAGUAGUUUACUAUCGAAAAGUAUUUUGACGAGAUACCAUGAGGAACAAGUUUGGAGCGAUAAGAUUCGACGGGCAAGCACCUGGGGUACUUGGAUGUUGAUGGGGAUUAACGUGGUGUUGUUUGUGAUUGUGCAGGUCGGCUUGGAACCUUGGAAGAGGAAGAGGUUGGUGAAAAGCUUUGAGGAUAAAGUUAGAGGAAUGUUGAAGGAGGACAGGGAGGUUGCUACUGCUGCCGCUGCUACCGUUGCUGCUACUGCUGCUAUGGCGAGUGAGGCUGUCGCUGUGGGAGACGAGGUUGUUGAGGUUGUGAAAGAAGAAGACGAUGAAGUUAAGAAGAUUAUCGAAGAGGCACCAGUUGAAGUUCCAGUCGAGGUACUAGAAGAAACGAUUGAAGGGGAGACGACGGAGACAAUACCGGUGGAAGAAGAGGGAGAAGCGACAACAGUUGAAGCUGAGGCUACUGCCGCCGGUGAGGGAAUUUAUGAAAAAGAGAAUGAAGACGAGGGGAAUGAUAUAGGAGUUCUGGACCUUAUUAUGUCCCGAUUGAACGAAUACUUUGCAGAAACCAAGAUAUCUGUGCCGCAGAUAGACGUGACGUUGUGGGUGAUCGAGGGGUUUGUGGUGGGGGCGAUAAGCUCGAUAAUGAUACUCAUGGUGGUCACACUUGCGAGCGAGUAA